AGUCACAACCAUCUGGUAGGUAGCUCCCGUGCCAAACAAUCAAAAAUCAAUCAUGCCGCCGAACAAGCAAUUACUAAUUGCCGCAAGUUUAAUCAUAACCAGUUUCCAAAUCGAUGCCUAUCCUCGACCUUCUGCAGAAAUCGGAUUGGACCCGGCAACCUUGAACGAAGCGGGAGAACCCGAUUUUAAAACGAAACGGCAAGAAGAAGAAGCACCACCAGCGAACGAAACGGAAACCCCGGUUCCCGAAAAACAGCCACCCCCACUGCCCGAACUUCUCCAAAGGUUGCAAGAUGCACAAAAGGCUGCCCAUGUCAUCCAAUAUACCCACACGAUAGAACCAGAGAGUCAUCAUAAAGGAUUGCUCACCAGUUUAUACGAUUCCGCUGUCAAGGCUGUGCAUCAUAUGGGUUACUCCUGAUCGACAUAAAUGUUGAUCCAUAG